GACGUCACCCUACUAAAACAACAAAGCAACUGCUCUCUCUGGACUCUGUCACACCGUCCAAUCCCCCUGUAGCAUCCGCGUCUAUGUUCUCUUCCAAUGGAUAAGAGCGUCAUCAAAUUCAACCACUGUGACAAGGACAUCUACUGUUUUUUCGUCCCGGAGCAGUGUCCUGAAUGUGGAGUUAGUUUCAGUGGGAAGCGACUGGAGGAGGCGCCGGUCAGCAUACCGAACCCCUUCAGCAACGGACACAAAGUCCCGUGUGCUUUUCUAGUCGCGUCAACACAAGACAAUGUGCUCAGGGACUUUGAUGGCCGUUCUGAUCUACACACAGGAAUCACCAACACAAACGGAAUAGUCUACAAUUACACAAAGACUGGUGUUCACAGAGACAAUCAGGGAUGGGAACGCUGUAUCUGCAUCCCGCUGGUUCAGCCCGACAUGUUCAGUCUGAUGAGCCAGUGGGAUCAGUAUCUGGAGAAGUUCUCCUCCGCUCAGAUGUGGGACCCAUCAUGGCAAAGCUUUAAUGAGGAAAGCCACAACUGCUACAGCUACUCGCUGAUGUUCAUCAACUGUGUUCUAGCCACGCAGUCAAAGCGAGCCCUGAGUAAAGAUGAAUUCACACGCUUGUUUGUGCUUCCUCGGAUCAAAAGAGCUUCCAAGUACAUGUUGUUGUGUCGUGAGAUUUCCCAAAACCACUUCUACAUCGUCGACAGUCCGCGUAGAAACUCACUUGAGGAGGACGAGGACAGCAAGAACACAUGA